CACUGCAUUCAGAUCAGCGAGACUCCGGGAGAGGACCGGGCUCGUGCACGCUGCGGGCGCACUUCACCGGAGCGCUCCACUUCGCUGCACCGUCGCGCGUGUUGGAGCGGGUGGCUUUCCCGUUCUCCGGAAGGAUGUAAACUGUUGUUGUUGUUGUUGUUGUUGUUGUUGUUGGUUUUAGCGGGGACGCCGGGUUGCGGGACGAGGGGACGCAGAAAGGCUGUUUCAUCGCGGUCAUGUCUCCAAUGCGCCUGGCAUUCAGCAGAAUUUGAAUUAGCUGUGGAGCCGCAGCGCUUGUUGUAAAAACUCAGGAUAAAAGGAACGUCGAGCGUCGGGAGGAAAAAACCGCACGAUGUCUCUGGACAUUUUCUGCCAUGAUCAGACUAGCUGCUGAAGGUAUAAAUCGCAAGAUUGCCGGGCAGAUCAACAGGUCGGAAGCGUAAAACGCGGCGGAAGCCAAAGGGUCUCCUGCGGAAAGGGAUGUCUCUCUCGAUUUUCUUUUUCCUUCUCUUAUGGGCGCAAGCCCUGACAUUGAAAAACUUGAACUAUUCGAUACCCGAGGAAAAAAUUCAGGGCGUGAUUGGAAACAUUGCCAAAGACGCCGGUCUCGAGCUGGGGGAACAGGGCAAAAAAUCCAACUUCAGGGUGCUGGAGAAUUCCGCUCCACACCUCAUAGACGUGGACCCCGAAAGCGGGCUACUCUACACCAAGCAGCGGAUCGACAGGGAAACACUGUGCAAACGAAACCCCAAGUGCCAGCUGUCACUGGAAGUGUUUGCCAACGACAGAGAGAUUUGCAUGAUUAAGAUAGAAAUACAGGACAUCAAUGAUAACGCGCCCAACUUCCCUUCUGAUCAAAUCGAUAUCGACAUUUCUGAGAACGCAGCGCCAGGCACGCGUUUCCCUCUGGCUGCGGCAUACGACCCUGACACUCGGGAAAACGGCCUUAAAACCUAUCAGAUCACGCGAGAUGACUACAGCAUAUUUUCCUUGGAUGUAAAAUCCAGAGGGGACGGGACUAAAUUUCCUGAGUUGGUCGUUCAGAGAUCGCUAGACAGAGAGGAACGCAGUCAUCACACUCUUAUCAUAACCGCCACAGAUGGAGGAGAAUAUCCCAAAUCCGGCACGGUGCAGAUUAAUGUGAAAGUGACCGACUCUAAUGACAACAGCCCCGUGUUCGACCAGCCCUCUUACGUUAUAGAGAUCCCCGAGAACUCCACCCCUGGCACCAUACUGAUAGACCUAAACGCCACCGACCCCGACGAAGGAAAUAACGGGCAGGUUGCCUAUUCUUUCAGCUGCUACGUCCCGGACAGAAUCAAAGAGCUGUUCUCAAUAGACCCCAGAACAGGUGUUAUAAAGAUUCAGGGGAAAAUCGACUACGAGGAAAACCCAAUUAUUGAGAUUGAUGUGCAGGCAAAGGAUCAAGGUCCAAACCCAAUUCCCGGUCAUUGUAAAGUCACCGUUAAAGUGCUCGACAGGAAUGACAACUGGCCAUCAAUAAGUUUUGUGGCGGUGAGGCAGGGGGCAAUUAGCGAGGCUGCCACCCCCGGGACCGUCAUCGCUCUGGUGAGGGUCACCGACAAGGACUCGGGCCGGAACGGGCAGCUCCAGUGCCGGAUAUCGGGCAACGUGCCGUUCAGGCUGGAGGAGAACUCGGACAACUUCUACACGGUGGUGACGGACAGGCCGCUGGACCGUGAGAUGAAGGAUGAGUACAAUAUCACCAUCGUGGCCAAAGACAACGGAAACCCUCCUCUGAACUCCACCAAGUCCUUCACCGUCAAAAUUCUGGAUGAGAACGAUAACGCACCCCGCUUUACCAAGAUGGUUUACCUCCUCCAGGUGCCCGAGAACAACAUCCCGGGAGAGUAUCUCGGGUCCGUCCUGGCCCACGACCCAGAUCUGGGCCAGAACGGGACGGUCUCCUACUCCCUCUUGCCAUCCAAUGUGAGUGAGGAGUCCAUCACGACGUACGUGAACAUCAAACCCACCGACGGAGCCAUUUACGCCCUGCGGAGCUUCAACUAUGAGCAGACCAAGUACUUCGACUUCAAGGUGCAGGCAAAGGACUCGGGCAACCCGCACCUGGAGAGCAAUACCACAGUGCGGGUGAGCGUGCUGGACGUCAACGACAACAUCCCCGUUAUCGUCCUACCGCUGCUGCAGAACGACACGGCCGAGAUCCACGUCCCGCGCAACGUCGGCGUGGGCCACGUCAUCACCACGGUGCGGGCCGUGGACAACGACUUCGGCGAGAGCGGCCGCCUCACCUACGAGCUCUCCGACGGCAACGAGGAGCGCCUGUUUGAGAUCGACCCCGUAACGGGCGAGGUGCGCACCUCGCAGCCUCUCUGGGAAGAGGUGUCGCCCGUGGUGGAACUCAUCGUCAAGGUGACAGACCACGGCAAGCCCACGCUGUCCGCCAUGGCGCGCCUGGUGGUGAAGGCGUAUUCGGGCGCGCCCCCCGAAGGCGAGCCGCGGGUCAACGGCGAACGCCGGGCGUGGGACGCCUCCUUGCCGCUCAUCGCCACGCUCAGCGUCAUCUCCGCCCUCCUGCUCGUCGCCAUGGUCGCCGUCGCCGUCAAGUGCCGGCGCGAGAACAAGGAGGUGCGCACGUACAACUGCCGCAUCGCCGAGUACUCGCACCCGCCACUCGGCAAGGGCAAGAAGAAGAAGAUCAGCAAGAACGACAUCAUGCUGGUGCAGAGCGAAGGGGAGGAGCGCGACGCCGUCAACGUGAUGAACGUGGUGAGCAGCGCCUCACUCGCCACCUCGCCCGUCUACUUCGACUACCAGACACGCCUGCCCCUCAGCUCCCCGCGCUCAGAAGUCAUGUACCUCAAACCCACUGCCAACAGCCUGGGCGUGCCGCAGGGCCACGCCGGCUGCCACUCCAGCUUCACGGGGCCCGUCGGCGGCGCGGCCGACGCACCCGCCCACAGGAUGUCCAUCAUCCAGACUGACACUUUUCCCGCUGAGCCCAGUUACAUGGGGAGCAGGCAACAGUACGUUCAAAGCAGCUCCACGUUCAAGGAUCCGGAGCGUGCCAGUCUGCGGGACAGCGGGCAUGGCGACAGCGACCAGGCCGACAGUGACCAGGACACCAACAAGGGUUCCUGCUGUGACAUGUCUGCCAAAGAGGCCCUGAAGAUGAAGGCUACAGGACUGAAGCCACAGCCCCUGGAGCAGGAGGAGGACUGUGUAAACUGUACAGAUGAGUGUCGUGUGCUGGGUCACUCAGACCGCUGCUGGAUGCCCCAGUUUCCCACGGCAAGCGGGGGUGGGGUGGGUCCCGCCCAGGCCGACGGCUCUGACUACCGCACCAAUCUGUUCGUGCCCGCCGGCAUGGAGGCCGUAGCCGUGGAGACAGAGCCGUACGAGGCAGCGGGCAACCCCGGCGGCAAGAAGACCUUCUGCACGUUUGGUAAGGAGCGGAGAGAUCACACCAUCCUGGUGGCCAACGUCAAGCCGUACCUGAAGGCCAAGCGGGCGCUCAGUCCCCUGCUCCAGGAAGUACCCUCCGUCUCCUGUAGUCCCGCCAAGGCCUCGCCAUGCUCCUCAGCCAAGGGCGUGGCAGACGGCGCCGAGGGGAAGCCUGGGAACAGCCACUUCGGGGCCCCGGACGGACAGUAUGCCUCGCCGAGCAAGCAGACCAGGGAGCGGGCCUAUGGCACGCUGCCCCCCUCGGACCCCGUGGCCAAGGUGCUGGCGGAAGCGCGCUCGCGAAUCAGCCAGGAGACGGCGGCGGACGCAGAACGCCCCCUGGAGCACGGCGGGGUCGGCGGCGAGCCGGGCCGCGGCGCCGUGGAUGCCGAGCAGGUGGUCAGGGACAUCGACAAACUGCUGCAGGACUGCCGGAGCGGGGAGGCGGUGAGGAAGUGAGCGCGCCCCGCGCUCCGGACUGGCCAGCACCGGCAGGGAGACGAACGAAAGGAAGGACGCGGUGGAGACGGGCGGUGCGUGAGCUCUGAAGCGCUCUCCGAGAGAGCGGGGCCAGCAGACAAGGACAACUCAAGAUGUCUGAAAAACAGUCUUAUAAAUAGAAAAAGGAAAAAAGAAAAGACAAAACAAACUGUCUGGACACCACGUCGCUUUUUUGUUGGGGGUGGGGGGGGAUUCUUUGGGAGCUACAGCAGCUUCAGUGAGCUUUUCUUUAAGUGCCCACCAGCUAAAAACCUUCAUUCUGACUUGAAUGAAGGGCGCUCUGGCCCCUCUUAGCCCAAAGGAUGCUGGGAGAAUGGCUUAUCCUGACAAUCGCAGCUAAUCUAGUGGAGUGGAUCAAACAGCUUGAGUGCUGUUGGACCUCAUCAAGACAGAAACAUGCUCUUAUCUUUUCAGACUUUGUAUUAUCAGUGUAUGAAGUGCAAAAUAUCUCUGAUAUCGCUGAGCUAUUCAGGGGAGGGCAGGCAGGGCGGUAACUGGGAGCUUAAUUAAGAAAUGUUAGCAUUUCUUCACUGGCCAUCUCUAGUCAAAUGUGUAAGAUGUGUUCCCUCCUCCGCCCCAUGUAUUCGUACAUAUAGAACAUUCCAGAAUAGUGAACCUGUUAUUCUCUCAUUCAUCAGUCCUUUGUGUGAACACUGUCUUCAACUUGUUAUUUCUUUUAAAGUGACUUUAUGCGUAUCCAACAUUAAAUUAAGGCAAUCACAAUCCUGUAUAUUAGGGACAUAUUUCCUCAA